AUGUUUGGUGGUAUUGUAAAAGUUUAUCCUCAAUAUGAGGUAUCUGGAAGCCAUGGCAAGGGACCAAUCGACUGGGCGAUCAAGGUGGAAGAUACAAUUAUCUCCGUGACUGAGGCAAAAAGAGAAAACAUUGAUCAAGGUAUCGCUCAAAGUACCGUCCAAGCCCACGCAUCCCUACAACGAAAUAGGAAAAGGCGUAGUUAUGAGGAAGCUGAUAUGUAUGGAGAUGUAAUGUACGGCAUUGUCACAACCGGAGUCGAUUGGAUAAUAACCAAAAUCGUCUUAAGUAAUGAGAACGAUAAUGAGAAUGGGGAUGUUCAAGUUUAUUGGAAACAAAUUAAGUGGGUUUAUGAUCUACAAAUUGAAUCGCAAAAACGGCAACGCUAG